UGUUGGCUUAGGGUUUAGUUUCUCGCACUCCCAUACUCACCAUGGCUCUCCUGCUCCCAUGAAUUUGUUGUCGCUCCUCUCUUUUUUAUUGUCGCUUCUAGCUUGGCCUUCGUUCUAGAUGCCAGAGCUCUUUUUGUUUUGAGUUUUUAUUUAUUUUAUUUUAUUUUUUAAGUUUGUAGCUGUUAGUGUCUGUAGAACAGGAAUUGUUUUAGACGAUUUCGGAGCUUUGUAGAGGGCUGUCGAGGUUUUUGGCGAGCACAGACAAGUUGGCUUGCGUUGCUUUUUGGUUUGAAGGCUCUGACGGACAGGAUUUCUGCGAGAGAAGUGAGAAAUUGAGUUGGAGUAUAUUUUAUAUUUUAUUUUGUUUUAAUUUACGGUGCGAAGAGGCGUGGCGAUAGUGCGAGGGUCGUGGUUGGACAAGGCAGAACUGCGGAAGAGUAAUGGCGGACUUGCCUCAGGAGGUGGUGGUGAAAGAAGAAAGCCGUCGUGAUCGUUCAAGGGAUCGGGGUUUCGACGAUAGGAGGCGUGACCGGGAUCGACGAGAUGAAAGGGAGGAUAGGGGGAGGCGGGAUGGGGACCGUCGAGACAGGGAUAGGGAUUACAAGCGCAGAAAGAGUGGUACUCCACCCGCUGGUGGUUCUUACAGGGACCGGCGGCAUAGCCCUCGAAGAUCCUCUCCUCCGUAUAAACGUCGUAGGGAUGACGAAUUUGAUGGCCGGAGAGGGAGUCCUGGGGACGAUCGUAGGUAUGGAGGAUUUGAUGGGGUUGGUCCUUACGGGCGAGGUCGUGGAGGUUAUAGGGAUGGACCGUAUCCGAGUAUGUACGGAAGCAGACCUCCGCCACGAAGGGAUGGGUUGAUGUCAUACAAACAAUUCAUUGUGGAGCUUGAGGAUGAUAUUCUACCCGGAGAAGCUGAGCGCAGAUAUGAGGAAUACAAGUCGGAAUUCAUUACUACUCAGAAAAGAGCUUUCUUUGAGCAGCACAAGGAUGAUGAUUGGUUGCGUGAGAAAUACGACCCAGCAAGAUUGGAGAUUGUUCUAGUAAGUGAUCCUUCGUGCCAUUGCAGGAGAAAUGAAAAUGCCAAGAUUUUGUCCAAGGAGUUGCUGGCUGAGCUUCAGGCAGGGUCUCUCGAUUUGGGUCCGAGUGUACGAUCAUCAUCAAAAGACGACUCAGGGGAUGACGCAGACGGCAAUAAUAAAAGGAGGAAGUCUUCGCAAGAACACGUGAAAGCUCAAGAAACGAUCGUAGCUCCUACAGCACAUCCUGGAUGUUCAGAUCCUCAGAGAGUUCUGAAGGAUAUAGAACUUGGACGAUCACUUAUCAAAAAGUUGGACGCUGAAAAAGGGAUUGAAGGAAACCUUUUAUCAGUGGAUCAGAACACUGAAAAUGAGAGGACUGUGGGCGGUGGCUCAGUUGGGCCUAUUGUAAUAGUUAGGUCUGGUAAUCAUGUGAAAGGAUUAGAAGGUACCGAGCUUCUGGAUGUGGUUCUCACAUAUCUGUGGCGAGUACACUCUGUGGAUUACUAUGGGAUGAUAGAGUACAAGGAACAGCCUAAACGUCUACGGCACAUAAGGGCUCCGGAGGGUAAGAGUGGUGGAGAUACCAAAAAUGGUACAGAAGGAGCGGGUUUUGCGGACUGGGAGAAAAAGUUGGAUACAACUUGGCAGACACGGCUACAAGGUGGCGAUAUAAUUGUUUCCAUGCUUGGGAGAGAGAAGCUGGAUACCACGGCUAACGAAGCAUUGGAUCCAUUUGUGCGUAAGAUACGGGAUGAGAAGUAUGGCUGGAAAUAUGGUUGCGGUGCUAAGGGAUGCACCAAAUUGUUCCAUGGCCCAGAAUUUGUACAUAAACAUUUAAAGCUGAAGCAUUCUGACCUAGUUGCUGAUGUUGUUGCUAAGGCUCGGGAGGAGCUCUACUUCCAGAACUACAUGAGUGAUCCUGAUGCUCCUGGUGCAAAUCAAGUGACCUCUUCACAGCCUGGACAGAGAGAUGAUGACAGAGGUCGAAGAGGUCUUAGACCUGGGUUAUCGGGACCGAUUGGUGGGCCUGGAAACCGAGCAGGUCCUGACUGGCCGCCUUCAGACCAUCCUUCCCGGGAUGGCAGAUUCGGGCCACGAAAUGGCGAUAGAUAUGAUCAAGGGCCAGGUGCCCGAGAAGAACAACGUUUUGAACGGGGAACUCGUGAUGAAAAAGGUCGUUUUGAUCGUGGAGGGCUUGAACUUACUCCUCCGCCUCGUGACUAUCCUCUCGGUGCUGGUGGUCCUCCUUUCGAAGGAGGUGGUCCAGCUCAAGGAGGUCCUUUCGAGGGUGGACCGAUGGAGCCUCCCAUGUUUGAUCAUUUUAAUGGGCCUCCUGUGCGAGGAUUACCUGGUGGGCUUUUUGUACCAGAUAUGCCCGGUCCACCCCAAGUGCUCAUGCCUGUUCCUGGUGCUGGUCCUUUGGGUCCGUUUGUGCCAGCACCCCCUGAAAUAGCAAUGAGAUUUUUGAGGGAAGGUCCUGGGCCGUUUCGCAUGGGAGGCUUUGAUGCUGGUUAUCAAGAGGAAGGUAAUGGAGGGCCUAGGGGUGGCAAGAGGGGCGCUCCAGGUCCUAUGAUGGAAGGUGGUCUUUUGGAUAUACCCCCCAAUAUGAUGCCUCCUCAUGGCAUGCGUCGAGACCCUCGGGGUGUGCGCAGCUAUCAUGAUCUGGAUGCUCCUGAAGAUGAAGUUAGCGUGAUUGACUACAGGAGUUUGUAGAUAACUCCUUGAGAUUUUGGUCCAGUGGUAGACCUAGACCGCUGAUUUCGAAUCAAAACUAUGCAUUGUCUUUGUAAUUUGAUGGACAUGGAAUUCAAUGUUUGGCGUAGUAGUUAUGUGCCAUUGUAGGUGUGGUUCAUUUGGAGCAUGAAAUCUAGAUCUAUUGUACUUUGUGGGGGAAUUUUCCAUAAGUUUCCAUGCCUUUGAAGCACAAGUGACCGAAGAUUUUCUGCUCC